AUGAAGUGGAACUCCCUCGCCGCACUUGGGUUUGCUGCCCCGGCCCAAGCGUACCUCCGUUUCGGGUGCGCAACCUUGACGGUUCAGCGCCUUGAUCCCAUCGUCGAGCCUGGAAAGGUCCCCUCGUCUCAUGUCCACCAAAUCAUUGGCGGGAACGCCUUUAACGCAACCAUGGACCCCAAGGUUGACAUCGCCGAGAAGGCCACUUGCACCACUUGUUCCUUCAGGUGGGUAUCCUUACCUCUCAUCGAAUGUCGUCAUCUUCACACCAGGCUAACCCAAUUUACAAGCGAGGACUUUACCAACUACUGGACCGCCGUCAUGUACUUCAAAGCCCGCAACGGCUCCUACAAGCGCGUGGGACAAUACCCCAACGCCCUACUCGGCUCCUUGACAGGGGGCAUGACAGUCUACUACCUCCAGCAAGACUUCAACUCCAACGGUAAGCAAAAGAUCACCGCCUUCAAGCCCGGCUUCCGCAUGACCGUCGGCUCGCCCACCGCCACCAACGGCAACAACCCCGGCCUCCGCUACACCUGCCUCAAGGACGUCAUGACCCGCUUCCCCGAAACGGCCGAUUUCCCCAAGGAGCCCUGCCCAGCCGGCAUCAUGGCCAUUCACCACUUCCCCGCCUGCUGGGACGGCAAGAAUCUCGACAGCCCUAACCACCAAGACCACAUGUACAACACCGGUAAGGGUGCCUUCACCAACGCCGGCCCAUGCCCCUCCAGCCAUCCCGUCCGGAUGCCGCAGGUGGCGUUGGAGACAAUGUGGGACACCACCCCCUUCAACAACAAGGACCUCUGGCCUACAGAUGGCUCUCAGCCUUUUGUCUGGAGUUAUGGCGAUAGCAAGGGAUACGGGACCCAUGCCGAUUAUCUGUUUGGUUGGAAGGGCGAUUCUCUGCAGAGAGCCAUGGACUCGACGCCGCUGUUGAGCAACGGGAUCAAGUCGCAGAGCGUGGCGCAGGCCAAUAACUGCAAGCUGCAGACCACGACCGUGAAGGAGAAUAUCGAUGGCUGUAAGUUUUCCCCUCUUGAUUGCUUGCUCUGUAGAGAAAGUUCAGACUAA